AUGUGCGGGAGGCACUCCGGUUGCCCAUCCAACAUCCAUAACACAGACACCUCACUCACUCUUGCUUUCCCUCGACUGAACACCAAGCGGGAUGAUCGCGUUCCUCUUCGAAUGCUACUUCGUAGCGCUGACGGCGGUGUGAUGGGCCUCGCGGCUUACGUGACGAACACGCUGAAGAAGGCACAGCAUGUCAACCUGAUCGGAGGCCGCUACGAGCGGCUGCACCGGUGGUGCUGGGCAUCUGCGAUAUCGUUCCUCGUCGUGACUGCCAGUCUGUUCGUAUUCACCUUGCCCAUGACGCUUGGGCAGCGAUACGGAGCGAUGAGGAGGAUUCGGUUCCUGCGCGCGCAGAGGUGGAAUGCGCCUCGUUCUGAGAGGAAGGCAGGCACAGACGAGGAGAGGACGCCAAACGAGGCCGAAUGGGGCGGCGCCGCCACCAUGGCUGCAAUCCGCACGGCGAGACAUGUCUCCGAGACGACGGGAUGGUUUAUUUUGUACGUUGCAUACCCUUUGAGAGAGUCUGACAUCAGGGGUUUCAAUCUCUUCGGCCUUCUCCUCCUCCUCGAUAUCCUGGCGGUCGGCUUCGCGGCCGCCGCUCUCGUGAACAUGGCCGAUCCGACGCUGUACGCCAGACGAGGGGCUGACCUCCUCCGCCAACUGCCUCCGGUACAGGCCGCAAUGCUAGCCUUGGGCGUGGUCCACUUCCUGUCGUGGAUCGCACGUUACCCCAUUGCGGCGCGGGACGAGCGUAUUGUCGAGGCGUGGGAGUACAUGGGCGCAGUCGCGAUCGCACCAGCCUCCAUCGAGGAGUGCAUCUACGUACCCGAGCCGGAACGCUUCCGCGGCUUCAUAUUCGCGAUCCCGCCGCACACACUCAAACCGGCAGAGGCGUUCUGCUCCAUCUGCGUCAAGCCCUUCCAGCCUCCGCACGAGAGUGUGUCAUGGAUGCAGAGACACAUGAUCUUCGGCCAGAUUGCCACAGGUGCCCCGCUCUGGCGAUUCCGGUGCGGACAUACUUUCCACAUCGACUGCCUCCAGGCGAGGUUCAAGGAGGGACACAUGGACUGCCCUGCCUGCUUCGGUCGUGUCCGGCAGUCGCAGUAUGCUCCUGGUGCCCAGAUCCUGGAGGUGCAGGUGACCGACACGAAGGACAGUCUGUAG